CGAACAUGGCGGCGGCGGCGGCGGUCGGGCGGGACACUUUACCUGAGCACUGGUCCUACGGCGUGUGCCGGGACGGCCGCGUCUUCUUCAUCAAUGACCAGCUCCGCUGCACGACCUGGCUGCACCCGCGCACCGGGGAACCCGUCAACUCCGGCCACAUGAUCCGCUCAGACCUGCCCCGCGGCUGGGAGGAGGGCUUCACGGAGGAGGGCGCCAGUUACUUCAUCGACCAUAACCAGCAGACCACAGCCUUCAGGCAUCCUGUGAGUGGGCAGUUUUCUCCAGAAAAUAGCGAAUUUAUUCUUCAAGAAGAGCCAAAUCCACAUAUGUCGAAGCAAGACAGAAACCAAAGACCGUCCAGCAUGGUCAGUGAAACGUCCACGGCCGGGACCACUUCGACCGUGGAGGCCAAGCCUGGCCCCAAGAUAAUAAAGUCCAGCAGUAAAGUCCACAGCUUUGGGAAGAGGGACCAAGCCAUUCGGAGGAACCCCAAUGUUCCGGUGGUGGUGAGGGGCUGGUUGCACAAGCAGGACAGUUCUGGGAUGAGGCUGUGGAAGAGGAGGUGGUUUGUGCUUGCUGAUUAUUGCUUGUUUUACUAUAAAGACAGCCGAGAAGAAGUGGUCCUUGGGAGCAUCCCUCUGCCCAGCUACGUGAUCUCAACAGUGGCCCCCGAGGAUCGCAUAAGUCGCAAGUAUUCCUUUAAGGCCGUGCACAUGGGGAUGCGAGCCCUCAUCUAUAAUAGCUCCACCAGGGGCUCUCAGGCUGAGCAGUCAGGCAUGAGGACCUACUACUUCAGUGCCGACACCCAGGAGGACAUGAACGCUUGGGUCAGGGCCAUGAACCAGGCUGCACAGGUGCUAUCUCGAUCGUCACUGAAGAGGGACAUGGAGAAGGUGGAGCGGCAGGCGGUCCCCCAGGCCAACCACACAGAGUCCUGUCGAGAAUGUGGCCGCAUGGGACCCGGACAUGCAAGGGAUUGUUCUCAUCGCAAACACGAGGAUUCCUUUGGAUUCGAGAGGCGGGAGCAGGAGGAAGACCGGUACCGCUCCCAGAGGGACCCGCUGGAGGGCAAGCGGGACAGGAGCAAGGCCAGGUCCCCAUACUCACCCGCCGAAGAGGAUGCCUUGUUCGUGGAUUUACCCUGUGGCCCGAGAGGCCAGCAGGCUCAGCCCCAAAGGGCGGAGAGGAACGGUGUGCUGCCUGGCACAUCUGGCCCAGGAGAGCAGAACGGGACUGGCGGGUACCAGCGGGUCUUUCCUUCUAGGACCAACGCUGAGAAGCACAGCCAGAGGAAGAGCAGCCUGGCGCACGUGGAGCAGUGGGCAAAGACCCAGAAGGCGGACGGCAGGAGCCUGGUCCUGGACCAGACCCUUCCUUGCCAGGGUCCCAGCCAAUCCCUGUCCUUCCCAGAAAACUACCAGACUCUUCCCAGGAGCAGCCGACACCCCUCAGGGGGCUCUUCACCCCCUCCCCGCAACCUGCCGAGUGACUACAAGUACGCGCAGGACCGAGCCAGCCACCUGAAGAUGUCGAGUGAGGAGCGCCGGGCACACCGGGACGGCACCGUGUGGCAGCUCUACGAGUGGCAGCAGCGGCAGCAGUUCCGGCACGGCAGCCCCACGGCGCCCAUCUGUGCCGGUUCCCCAGAGUUCACCGACCAGGGCCGAAGCAGGAGCAUGCUAGAGGUGCCCCGCUCCAUCUCUGUGCCUCCAUCUCCCUCGGACAUCCCUCCCCUGGGACCCCUGAGGGCCUUCCCACCCCGGCGGCCACAUACGCCAGCAGAGAGGGUCACUGUGAAGCCACCGGACCGGAGAAGGAGUGUGGACAUCUCGCUGAGCGGUUCUCCUAGGAAGGCAUGGGGCCACACCACCAAGAACUCCUCUCAUGUGGACCGGCGCUCCAUGCCCUCCAUGGGUUACAUGACCCACACUGUCAGUGCUCCCAGUUUACAUGGAAAAUCGGCUGACGAUACCUACCUCCAGCUGAAGAAAGACCUGGAGUACCUGGACCUAAAGAUGACAGGCCGGGAUCUUCUCAAGGACCGAAGUCUGAAGCCAGUGAAGAUUGCCGAGAGUGACAUUGACGUUAAACUGAGCGUCUUCUGUGAACAAGACAGGAUCCUCCAGGACUUGGAAGACAAGAUACGAGCCCUUAAGGAGAACAAAGAUCAGCUGGAAUCCGUGCUGGAGGUGUUGCACAGACAGAUGGAGCAGUACCGAGACCAGCCCCAGCACCUGGAGAAGAUUGCCUACCAGCAGAGGCUGCUGCAGGAGGACCUUGUCCACAUCCGGGCAGAGCUCUCCAGAGAGUCCACUGAGAUGGAAAAUGCCUGGAAUGAAUACCUGAAGUUAGAGAGAGAUGUGGAGCAGCUGAAGCAGACCCUGCAGGAGCAACACAGAAGAGCCUUUUUUUUCCAGGAGAAAUCGCAGAUACAGAAGGAUCUCUGGAGGAUCGAAGAUGUCAUUGCAGGCCUGAGUACAAAUAAAGAGAACUUCAGAAUCCUGGUGGAAUCAGUCAAAAAUCCGGAGAGGAAAACAGUGCCUUUGCUUCCUUACCCGCCUGUGCCUUCAAUCUCUUCUGAGAGCAAGCCGUCCCUGCUGCCCAGCCCGCCCACCAGCCCCAUGCGGACCCCUCUGGAGGUUCGACUCUUCCCCCAGCUGCAAACCUAUGUGCCGUACCGACCUCACCUGCCCCAGCUGAGGAAGGUGAUGUCUCCCCUUCAGUCACCAACCAAGACGAAGCCCAAAGUUGAAGACGAGGCACCUCCCAGGCCCCCGCUCCCUGAGCUCUACAGCCCGGAGGACCAGCCCCCGGCUGUGCCACCUCUACCGAGGGAGGCCACCAUCAUCCGGCACACUUCAGUGAGGGGCCUCAAGCGGCAGUCGGACGAGAGGAAACGGGACCGGGAGCAGGGGCAGUGUGUGAACGGGGACUCGAGGGUGGAGCUCCGGUCAUACGUCAGUGAGCCUGAGCUGGCGACCUUCGGUGGGGACAUGGCCCCUCCCUCCCUGGGACUCGUGGGCUCUGAGAGCAGGUACCAGACGUUGCCAGGCAGAGGGCUCUCGGGGUCCACGUCAAGGCUCCAGCAGUCGUCCACCAUUGCUCCCUACGUCACGCUUCGGAGGGGUCUAGAUGCCGAAAGCAGCAAGGUGACCUACCCUAGACCCAGGAGUGCCUUGGAGCGCCUGUACUCAGGGGACCACCAGCGGGACAAGAUGAGCGCAGAGGAGCAGCUCGAGCGCAUGAAGCGGCACCAGAAGGCCCUGGUCCGGGAGCGCAAGAGGACGCUGAGCCAAGGAGAGAGGACGGGUCUGCCCUCGUCCCGCUACCUCGGCCAACCACUCCCUGGAGAUCUCGGCUCAGUAUGUUAGGAGGGUCCAGGCAGGAGGGGCUGGGACAGGGAGCAGAGCUUCCCCGAGUCCCCCAGACACAAGCACUUCUCAGCCCCGAGAGAGUGGGCUGUCGACCUGGAUGGCUCAGAGAACACCCCACGGGCUGUGUGUCCACAAGCCGGGACGCAUGUGUGACUUGGUCAGAGGGUGCCCCGGAACUAGAGCAGGAACGAGGAUGUCACUGCAGGAGCCCAGGAGCCAGAGAGAACGUCCACAGUCAGUUUUGCAGUCGAGCUUGAGGGAGGCCUUUGUAAGCAUUCAGUCUCUCAGCUGAACCAAGGACUUGGGAAGUACAGGGUUCGAGGAGUGGAGGAGAAAGAUGGUGCUAUGAUUUGAGGAGGAGGAGUGCAAGCCAGCCAGCCUCCCGGACCUCCAAGCGGGCGCCCCGUGGGGCAGCUGAGCAGAGGGUGGUGGCCCUCACCUCUGAGGACUGGGGCUCUCCCACCGCCGCGGUGCUGACGGGCCUCCCCAUGCCCCAGGAGAGCCGGGGCGUCUUCUGCCCUCUGGUGGUGCUUCCAGGCACUGCACCCUGCCCACAGUCGCCUUAGGUCCCUUUUGGAAACAUUCCAUUUGACUUUUCCCUGUUGUUUGAAAUCAAAUGUUUCCCUAGACCUCUAGCCUGACUGCUCUUCCCCUAAUUCAUUGCACAAGCUCUUUUGCUUUUAGCGUUACCGCUCAUUGCCUCUCUAAUCCUGCCUGAUUGUGUCUACAGACGCUUCUAAUUUGCAUCAACCAUUCUCUAACUGGCCUGUGCUCUUGUUACCAGGCUUAUAAUAGCAGCUCUUUUCUCCAUAGCCUAGUGAGCACUCCCAUGUGUGACUCACCUUUCUGCCGCCCCCUUUAUGCAGGCUUACUGACUCAUAAUUCCCUUAUCCCAAAAGCUGCCCCACAAGUUUGAGCCAGCCCCACUGCCUGAGGGCCGUGGUCAUUGUCAGAGGUCUGGGCAUGAUGAAUUUAUCAAAGUCCAUGCCUCACAUCUGGACAGUAGACACAGACUUCAGAGAUUGCAUGUUGGAAUAAAUUCUGCCAAGUCUGAGGUGGUUCAGUUUUAAUUCCUCCGGCCCCAUCGGCACAAUUUCUUACGGAAAACUUUUUGUGUUUCUAGUAUUUAAUAACUUGAACGGGUAGCAAGAUACAUUAUGAUCUGUAUUCAGAGGGCCUCUCUGCAGCUGUUAGCUCAGACACCAAAGGGGUAAGACCCAGGAUACUCAUAUCCUGAAAAGCUGCAAAGCCAGUAACUUUUAAACUUUAUAAGUAAAUGUCAUAUGAGGUAAAACUGACUUUUCACAACCUGAUGUCUCAAAUGUAGAAAAGUGAUCUAAAAAUCGUAACUUGAAUACCUUGUAAUUUUUCUCUUUAAGAAAAAAGACUUGUGUAAGUCUCUGCCUCAGCGCCAAUAAACGUGUUGCUUAAUGAUAA